AUGUCUUGCUGUUCUUGUGCGAAACAUCUUCUUAUCUUCUUCAAUCUGAUCAUAUGGUUGACUGGUGGUGCUUUUCUAAGUUGUGGAAUUCUUGUUCUAUUCAAACGAGAUUUGAAUGAACUUUUUUCCUUACUAUCCCACGAUUCUCGACUUAUACCAUCUUUUCAUAAUAUUGGUUAUAUUUUGCUUGGCGUUGGCGCUCUGAUCUUUAUUGUUGGUUUAUUAGGAUGUUGCGGGUCAGUUCGAGGAUCUCGAUCACUACUUGGUCUAUAUGUUUUCUUUAUCAUAUUGGUCAUGGGUGGUGAACUUAUUAUUGCCAUGUAUACGGUAUUGUUAAGUGAUGAAUGGGAUGCUCGCUUACCAAAAACACUACAAAAACGAAUUUUGACUUACAAUUAUUCAACGCCUCAACGCUUCGAACGAGAUUUAGAUGGCGUUCAAAGACAGUUUGCAUGCUGUGGAAUCGAUGGUCCGCUGGAUUUUCAAUAUAAUCCGGAUUACAAACUUUUUGAUCGACAUCUUCCUCCGUCAUGUUGUAUGAGUUUACUAAAUGGAAUUUGCCUAGAAGUCGAUGCAUAUCGAACAGGGUGUUACCAAGCAGUUAAUGAUCAUAUUCAUUUCUAUUCAAAAUUGAUUGUUGCAGCUGGAUUGAGUAUUGCACUAAUUGAGUUAACGGCAUUGAUAUCAGCUGUUUGCCUUUGUCGAAAUACAUUGUACGACGAUGAUUUUGAUUGA